AUGGCAUACGAAUUAAAUUAAAGAAACCUUAGCUCCAUUAAUUCAUAGAAAUAAUAAUAAUCUCAGCUUCCUUUAAGAGAAUCUAUGGAUUUAAUUACUUAAGAAUACUAAAAUCUCAUGGAUAAAUUUACAUAAGAAAUUUUUUAAGCAAAGUAAAUCAAAAAAGAAAAAAAUGAGAAAAGGUCUGAAAAGCUUAAAAAUAUUCCAACCUUCACAAAUCUUUUAUAGAAAACAUAGCUUGAAAGAUGA